AUGUCAAGGCAGCAGUGGCAGAAGGCCUUGGAGCUGCUAAGCGAACUUCGAGGCUUCGCUUUGCAGGCCAAUGUCAUUACCUUCACUGCUGUGAUCGGCACAUGUGCACGAGCUGGGCAGUGGCAGCAGGCGGCGGGCGCAUUCAGGAGUAUUCAAGCAGAGUCCUUGCAGCCGACCCUUGUAACAUACAACUCCGGCAUCAGGGCGUGCGACAGGUCCGUGCAGUGGAGGUCGGCGAUCGAGUACUUCGCUGCUACGAAGCCGGACAAGAUCACCUACAGCUCAGCCAUGAGCUCAUGUGGAAGGUGCCAGAGGUGGAGCGAAGGCAUCGCGUUGUUCCGCCAGGCGCGAGGCGAUGUGGAGAUGGAUGUCGUAGUGUACGGCUCGGCCAUGGCAGUGAUUGCCAGCAUAGCGGAGUGGAGAGGCGCCCUUGGCCUUCUGCGACAAAUGGAGUCCAACCUCAUCGCAGUCAAUGCCGCGGCAACUGCUUGUGAAAAGGCAGCCGAGUGGCGUUGGGCUCUGCGUGGGAUGCAUGGCCUUCGCGAGGCAGGCUUGAGACCAGAUUCGAUCACCUGCAAUGCUUUUCUGGCAGCCUGUGGGAACGUCUCUCUGUGGGAACAGCCCAUCGCGCUGCUGAGAGAGACCAGGACAGAUAUCGUCUCUCACAACUGUGCCAUCAAAGCGUGCGACACACUGGAGCAGUGGCAGCGUGCCCUAUCGCUGCUGGCUGAGCUGCCGAACGCCUUGGAGGGGCGAAAGCUUGCGGAUGCAGUCACACACAGUGUGGCCAUCAGCGCCUCUCAAAAGCAGACGAGAUGGCAGAGCGGGCUCUUCAUCUGGGACAUCGAACAUGGACGGGAAGCAACGGUGACGACCUGCAACAGUGCCUUGGCCGGCUGCGCAGAUGCAGCUAGAUGGCAGGAGGCUGUCUACUUCACAUGUGGCCUGGACUCCAAGAGGCUACAGCCUGAUGUCGUCAGCUACAACACCAGCCUCAGCGCAUGUGCGAAGUCAUUGAACUGGCAGUAUCCCCUGUUGCUUCUAUCAGUUCUUAUGAUGCUGAGGCCGCAGCCGACAACGAUAUCUUACAACUCAACUAUCAGUGCUUGUGAGGGACUCGGAGAGUGGAUGCAGGCGGUUCACUUGCUUGAAACUGCUGAGGGCUGCCGAUUGCAGCCGAGUGUCAUCACGUUCAGCGCCGCAAUCAGCGCCUGUGCAGUAGGGAAGAAGUGGCAGGAGGCAGUCUUCCUGCUUGGAAAGUGUGCUGAGCAAAUGUCACCGGAUGUCGUGGCAUACAAUGCUUCUUUGAACGCUUGCGAGAAGGCUGGCCAGUGGUCGGCGGCUCUUGCUUUGUUGUCCGAGCUCUGUAACAAUCACCACAUCGCUGGUUCCGUGCCAGACGUCGUCUCUUACAACUCCACGAUCAGUGUCUGUGCCCUGGCUGCCAAGUGGGAACUGGCCCUGUCCCUUCUUUGUCGCAUGCCGGUGCAAAGGCUACAGCCCAACAUAAUCACCUAUAACUCAGCCUUUGCAGCAAUUGCUGCCUCGGCAGUUUCCGAGAAAUCGGGGCCCAGAUCUGGGUCUCGCGGCAAAUGGCAACAUGUACUUGAGCUCUUGCGUGAAAUUCGCAUCAGACGCCUGCAUGCAAAUGUACUCACUUACAAUUCGGCCAUCUCUGUUCUUGAGGCAUGUGAUCAGCACCUGAUCACAGCCAGUCUUUUGGGUCAAGUGAGGAGUGCCAUGGCGGGAGAAAGGGAGCUGAAAUGCGAACUUGCCUGUCACUAA